AUGGGGAGCCCGUCUGUGAGAGGUCUCCUUCGAGAUCUGAGUACUGGGCGCUGUCUAGAGGCACAGUACUGUCCAAGAAAGAUCAUCGCGCAACCAGAGUGUCCUGAAAACGAGGUUUGGAAUGAGUGUGGGAAUUUAUGCGAUGGAACUUGUGAGCAGCCCCAAAAGGAGUGCUCGAGAAUCUGCGCUGAGGACGCAUGCGCCUGUGCAAAGAAUUACGUUCGCAACCAUCUCGGAAAUUGUGUCAGUUCGGAGACAUGUCAGAAGGAAUCGAUCACUGUGUCGCCCGAGUGCCCUAAGAAUGAAUUCUGGAAUGUAUGUGGCAACUUGUGCGAAGGAACAUGCGAACAGCCACUCAUGGAAUGCCCAAAAAUAUGCGCAGAGCCUGCAUGUACGUGCAGAGCCGGUUUUGUCCGCAACGAAAAUGGAAUCUGUAUUUCUGAGUUUAAUUGCAAACCACGUAUUCAUUGUCCUAUGAACUCAGUUUAUAAUGAGUGUGGUUCUCAUUGUCCAGAGACAUGCGAAACCUCUCGCGCUCCAGUUUUAUGCGCGCUGAGCUGCAAUCCGUCCUGCGAGUGUAUUGAAGGUUAUGUUUUGGACUCAAAUGGCGAAUGCAUUGAAAAAGAUCUAUGCUUCAAAACGAACCCAAAAUGCCCGCCCAAUUCGACUUUCAAUGAAUGUGGCACAAACUGUCCGCAAACGUGCGAUACUUUUCUCUCUGGUCUCCCAGUUAUGUGUAAUUUCGGCUGUAAUCCAUCGUGUCAAUGUGAUCAAGGCUUUGUUCUUGACGAGAAUAACAACUGUAUAAAGCAAGAUGAAUGCAGACGGAGCACGCCUGAAUGUCCAAAAUACUCAAGUUUUAACGAAUGCGGAACAAACUGCCCCGAAACUUGUGAAUCGUAUCUGUCUGGGAAUCCAUUGAUGUGUAAUUUUGGUUGCAAUCCAUCUUGCCAGUGCGACAACGGCUUUGUUCUGGACGAGAAUGAAAACUGCAUUCCUAAAGAAUGUUCUCGAGAUUAUAAGCCACCAACAGACCAAUGCCGACUUAGCUCUCCCGAAUGUCCCGAAAAUUCAUCUUAUAAUACUUGUGGAACAAACUGUGAGGAUACAUGUGACUCGAUCCUCAACGAAUAUCCUGUUAUUUGUAAUUUUGGAUGCAAUGAAGGUUGUUUUUGCAACGAAGGAUUUGUCCGUCAACAUAUUGAUGGAACGUGUGUCCCUGUGGAAUCCUGUAAUCGUGUUCCCAAUUUAGUCACUGUCUGCGAAGAGAACAGGUCUUGGUCAGAAUGCAAGACGCAAAAGUAUUGUGACGGUUUAAUAUCUGAAGAUUUCCAGAAAGAAGAAUUUUAUACAUUGGAGUGCAGCGCUGGCUGUCAAUGCAAUGCCGGGCUAUAUCAAAAUAAUCAAGGCAAAUGUGUUUCUUAUGAGGAAUGUUUAACUGGCGUUGAGAGUGUAUCUGAUAGAGACAAUGCCACCGAAAAUCUGCAGUCAUUAUUUGAGUUUAUUACGACGAUAAGCAACGACUCAGAUAUUACCGAGGCUUUCAAUCUUUUAGAUCAGCUCGAGAACUUGUCGGCAAAUGAUACAGCCACUGUUGAGGGUCUUCUCUUGCCCCUAAUUCAACUAAGUAACCGAACAGACAGUAUCAGUCCUAUCCAAAUUCUCCCCUCCGUCGAUGAACUUUACAAUGCGACUGAUUCUAUUCACUACGGUUAUUUUAAUGAUAGCAGCUCUAGCGCACCUGGCAAUUAUUCCGGUAAUGGCUAUGAAGAAUAUUUCCAACCUGGGUAUUUUGAUAAAUUUGCGGAUAUUGGCGAAAUUAUUUCUUCCUUGGUAGAAGGUAUCCCGGAUUUCGAUCCCUGUGAGAACUUUGGUCACUUCUUAUGUGAUCGAAGUUGCCUGAGAGAAGAACAAUGUUUUCAAGAUUGCAUCAAUGGACUUUGUGCUCUUCGAGAAAUCGAAGCCUUUGAAGAUAUUACAGAAGAGCUCGUAGUAGAAAAUCGAGUCCCUGUUGAAAUAUUCACACUCUUUACGGAGCUAAACGAAGUCUUUAGCAGAUUCGAAAACCUGACUGACUUUUCUUUCGAGUGGAUACGAGCGUUUAUUACCAAGUGGGAUCUCCGAGCCUGGCUCGAAGAGCAUUUCUGUAAUCAUAUUGGCAAGCGAAUUACACUUGAUGAUGUUGAGCGAGCAACUAAUCUCUCUUUGAAAGUGUCAACAGGCGAUUUUGCAGCUAUAAGUGAGCUCAGCAGUUUUUAUGAUGAUAUUCUCAGACGUCCUAACGACACUGCUUGCUAUAUAAAUACUCAAGAUUCAAUGGCAAAUUCAACAGAUUAUAUUUUGGAAGGAAACCCUACGGACGAAGUAUACGAAUAUGAAAACUUUGACCUUGAAUCAUUUUCAAAGGUCGAGACAAUCAUCACUAAUUUGGCUGAAGGGUUGUGUAUACUCGAAGAAAUCGACUUUUCGGAAAUCAGCGAAGACAUGGUCCAGGAAAAUAACGUUCCGCUGGAUAUAUUUGGCCUGUUUACUGACUUCUUCAAUAUCUAUAGCAACUUUGGGAAUGCUGAAAGCAUCGAUUUCAACGAAGUAAAAGUGUUUUUGUCAAAGUGGGAACUUGUUGAUUGGCUUGAGCAACACUUUUGCAAUUUUACCCGCAAAAAUAUAUCUAUCGAUGAUAUUGAGCAAGUCACAACAUUAUCAGUGAAAGUUUCAACUGGAGAUUUCACAGCGAUACCCAUUCUAGUGAGCUUAUACGAAGAAGUAUUAGCACGUCCAGAUGCUCCUUCAUGCCUUCCAGAGGUCGAUGAAAACAUAGAAGAACAUUUAUUUUCUCCGGGAAAAAGUACAACUGAAAAAAUAGCCAAACAGACGGUUGACGACAAAUCUGCUUCACAAGACGAUUCCGAAGCUUAUGCAGAGGCUGUUAGCUGCCAAAACAAGUACGAGCUAUUCGUCGACUGUGGACCCAAACAAGAAUGUCGGAUAACUUGCGAAACCUACUACACGGGCAUAAACAGUGAAUGUGAUGAAUAUGCUUGCGUCCCUGGAUGUAUUUGCCCUUAUGGAUGGUUGCUGAACGAAACACAAGAAAAAUGCGUGAGGGAUCCUCGCCAGUGCUCAAUCCCAUACCAUUUAUACAUGCCUUACGUCUGA